AUGAGCAUCUAUAAAAUGACACGUUCAGCACGAAUGAGAGAUGACCCUCUGAAUUCAUUAACACCAAAACUGGAAGUAUCUCCCAGGAAAUCGGCGAAUCAGAUAAAGAAUACUUUGUUUGGAUCGGAUCGCAUCAAGCCAUCAUCGACUCUUUCACUGAACCUUGGAAAUGACGAGCAAAAAAUGACGCAGAUACCAGCAAAAAAAAGCACUGUGUCUCAAGGAACACCUUUGGUGAAGAAGAAGAAUUUAAGACGUAGUUCGCGAUCACGAUCACGUAAUCGCUAUUCACGUCGUUCUACACCUCCUAGAAGUUUGACAUCUCAAAUCGUUAAAACUGAUUCAGUUGAUAAGGUGUUACCGAAUACUGUACGUCGUUCAGUUGGCAAUGUUGUCAAAGAAAAUUCGGUUCCACCUGAAAAUCAUUCUUUG